UUGUGCAGCUUGAUGACGGACUCACCCACUACCUUGGUCGUCCACUGCAAAGCCAACUUUUUUCCACCCCUAUAAACGAUCUGCACGCGGCAGUGCAUUGUCAGCUCAAAGAACAAUCAUUACACCGACAAACUCGACGGUUAUCCCAUCACAAACACCUUCCCGGCCAUCAUGGCUUCGUUUACAUGAGUCCCAGGCUUCCCUAACAUCACGUCUCCCCCGCCCCGCCCCUCCCAUCCUUUACCAACACAGUGGGUGUGUCCCAUGUGGUGAUCUCUGGUCAUGAUGAGCAUCCUGCACCAGCAACAUCAUGGGAGCACCGGCUCGGAGCGCGAGCUCAACUCGGCCGCCUCCUCUGUCAGCCUGCCUUCUGUCAGGAAGACCCCCAAGAAACGCCGCCUUUCCCUUCAGGCGCUCUUUGGCCGGCGGCGGCGGUCUGACCGCGACGCCAAGCGCAAGUCCAAGGCGCCGCUGGACCCGCCCGGUCUCGUCAGCGUGGACAGCGUCCCGCCAGAAGCCGACAGGACGUCGGCGCACUCCGUCCAGGGGGUGCCGUCGACAUCCUCGGCGGCAGGCACCUCGGAGAUGCUGGAGUGCCCACUGUGCCUGCUGCGGCACACGCGCGACCGCUUCCCCGGAAUCAUGACCUGCCACCACCGCUCGUGCGCCGACUGCCUGCGUCAGUACCUGCGCAUCGAGAUCUCCGAGUCGCGCGUCAACAUCUGUUGCCCCGAGUGUUCGGAGCGCUUCAACCCGCAUGACAUCGCCAUGAUCUUGGCCGACCGCGCACUCAUGGAGAAGUACGAGGAGUUCAUGCUGCGCCGGUGGCUGGUGGCCGAGCCUGACUGCCGCUGGUGCCCAGCUCCUGACUGCGGUUACGCUGUCAUCGCAUUCGGCUGCGCCAGCUGCCCGAAGAUCACGUGUGGUCGCGAGGGCUGCGGCACGGAGUUCUGCUACCACUGCAAGCAGCUGUGGCAUCCCAACCAGACGUGUGACACGGCGCGGCAGCAGCGGGCGCAGCACUUCCGCUUGCGCAGUUUCCGCUCGUCGUCACUUAGUUACAGCCAGGAGAGUGGCGCUGCAGGUGACGACAUCAAGCCGUGCCCUCGUUGCGCCGCCUGCAUCAUCAAGAUGAACGACGGCAGCUGCAAUCACAUGACCUGCGCUGUCUGCGGCUGCGAGUUCUGCUGGCUCUGCAUGAAAGAGAUCUCUGACCUGCACUAUCUCAGUCCAUCUGGUUGUACCUUCUGGGGCAAGAAGCCCUGGAGCAGAAAGAAGAAAAUCCUGUGGCAGCUGGGCACCUUAGUUGGGGCGCCCGUAGGCAUCGCCCUCAUCGCGGGUAUCGCCUUCCCCGCGAUGAUUAUCGGCAUCCCGGUUUACGUGGGCAGAAAGAUCCAUAAUCGCUACGAGGGCAAAGACAUCUCCAAGCACAAGAGGAAUUUGGUGAUUGCUGGCGGCGUGGCGCUGUCCGUCAUCGUUUCGCCCGCAGUGGCAGCUGUGACUGUCGGCAUCGGCGUGCCUAUCAUGUUAGCGUACGUCUACGGCGUGGUGCCGAUCUCGCUUUGCCGAAGCGGCGGCUGCGGGGUGUCGGCAGGUAACGGCAAAGGCGUGCGCAUCGAGUUUGACGACGAGAACGACAACUUGGGCGGUGGUGCAGCAGCUACGGACACGACGUCAGUGGCCGAGACGAGGCUGAACAACGCCAGCCUGGGCGACGGGGCUAGCGUGGGCGGCCUGACGGGCCUGAGCCUCAGCGUGAGCGGCACCCACAUGGAGCGCUGCGGCGUUGGUUCGGCCCAGCGUGACAAUAUGAGCGACAACGCCAGCACCACGGCCCUCGCCGGCACCAGCAUAACUGGCAGCCUGUCAGGCAGCUGCUACAACAGGAUGGAGGUGCAGGCAGAUGUCCAGAAGGAGCGCUGCAGUCUGAGUGGCGAGUCGGCUACCGUCAGCCUUGGCACCAUAAGCGACAACGCCAGCACCAAGGCGAUGGCGGGCUCCAUCCUCAGUGCCUACAUGCCUCUGGAAAGAGACAACAGCCUGGAGGUGCAAGCAGACGUGGAGUCCAAAGAGGAGAAGGUGCGACACUGCAGCGUCAGCAGCAGCCUGGAUGGCGCUAGCAGCCACCUAAAAGAGGCGUCCUCCUUGGCGGGGGACAAGAAGCGCAAAGGGAAGCUGUGGAAACGCGGUGGAGGCAAAGCGGAGUCCAAAGUCAACCACAUACACGGAGACGUAGAACGCCGCAGCACCAUCUCGUCUGAAUUGGACUCGCCGUCGCUGAGCGGCAGUCUGCCGUCAGUGGCCGACUCGCACUGCAGCCGCCUGUCGGCGGAGCUCAGCGAGACGGAAGCGCCCAGGGAGGGCGAGCCGAGCGACGCGCCGGCCAUCAUGUCGCUGCCUGAGGUGGAGCACGAUCGCCUGGAGCAGCUGCCGCCUCGGAGAAGCCACUCCACCGCCUGCAGCCAGCACCACACGUCUUCGCCCAGCGAGGUUCUGUCUAUCACCGAAGACGCUGCCUCCGCCGACACUCGUGACUGCACCUCAACAGACAUCUAGGGAAAAAAAAAAAAAAAACCUCGCUCCUCACGAACCGUCUGUCUUAAGUGUCGUUAUGGAAAAGAGGAAGUGGAAUGUCACAGGGUUGGUAGUGAAGGGUGGAAGGAGUCAAAAUGGUUUAACCGAAGGUCAACUUGAAUGUACAUGUGCAAGUAAUGUGCUUGCUCUUUAAAAGCAAAGGUGGAGAUUUAAAAAA